GAUCGUCGUCGCGGAUCCGUAUCGGCGGAUAAUAAAAACUAUGACGUCUAGCGUGUAUCGCAAAUGAGAUGAAAAAUGAGCUGGUUUGGUACCUUGAAGUUGGUUGGCGAAUCCGAAAAUGUGUGUAGAUUAUUAUGCGGUAGGACUAUUUGUUUAUUUAUUUUUUUCUUCUCUUGUCUUUUAUAAUCAUUGUAUAACCUCAUUUGUCGUGCUUGGACUCUUUUCUCGCCCAUUGCAUGUGUCCUUACUUGUCUAGUCUGCCAAUAUCAAAUACCAAAUUGCCUGUUGGUUGGAAAUCGAAUCGGAAAUAUCAAAACUCCAUUCAUCUACUUACAUCUUGGGAAGGAAACCAAAUCUUUUCACAAUUGGUGGCUACAUAUACAAUCGUUCAAGAUGUUUGGAAUAUCAUAUUGGAUGAUACCUGUUUUUUCAGGAAUGGUAUGGCUUGCCAUGCUUCUUGCCAUGUUAUUGACCUGGACCGUUGCAGAUGGUUCUCCAAUAAUUACACCUAUGGAUAAUGGUCAAACCAUUGCGUUCGUAUGCCCAUUCUUACCUUCUCAAAUCUUUCCUAAUGCUUUCAAAGAUACAUUUCAGAUAUCGGGGCACAUGAACUUCAACCACUUUUCAUUGCAAUGGGUACAGUAACUGUGGUUACCUUUAACAUUGUCUUUAUUUCAGAGCGAUGGCUACGACAUAGAGGAAGAUUACAUGGGAAUACUUCGGUUUUCCAAAAGGUCUUGUCGAGUCUUGCUAUUAUCUGUUCCAUUGCAGGUGGAGCCGGUCUGAUUUGUCUUACCUGUCUCAACGAUGUUCAUCACCACACUGCACACGAUGUUUGCCUCGCCAUCUUCAUGUAAGUUUUUCCCUUCCAGAUGGAGACUCAAUCAAAACUAACAAUCCUCAAGCGGUGGAUACAUCCUCUCCGCCAUCUUCAUCUGCUGGGAAUACCAACGACUCGGAAUCCACUACCGAGAACACCGCAUCCUCCGCAUCUCCUUCUGGGUAAAGCUCACCUUCAUCUUCGUAGAACUCGGCCUCGCCAUCGGAUUCGGCGUCUGCAAUCGCAAAUCAUGGUGGAACACUGCUGCGAUCCUCGAAUGGAUCAUCGCCCUCAUCUAUACUUUCUACGUAUGGAGUUUCGCAAUUGAUUUUAUCCCAGCGGUCCGAACGAAACAUUAUUCAAGUGGGGAUACGGAAGCUGAGAUGGCCAUGGCGAUGGAGGGGGAGAGUAGACAGAGAGGGUUUAGUGGGGUUGGGGAUGAACGGAGAGCGUAUGCGAAUACCGGGAGUGCGGGGAGUAGUGGGAAUGGGAGGUGGAAAGCUGAGGAACCGGUUGUCCCGUCGAGGAAUUUUUAGGUUCUUUCUUUGCUGUGUGUGAGGAGGAUGAUUCUGUUUAUAUGGAUAUCUUGGCAUUGAGAAGUAGAUGAUUGAGAGAAUGAAUUAGAGAUGGGGUGGGGAGGGGUAUAGAUAUAUUUUAUAUUGUUGGGAAAGAGGUUUAGUAUUGCUCGUUUGAUCGGAUUAGUUGACUAGCUUGCUUGGCGCUUGGAGCUUGGAGUUUGUAGAAGUAUUAUGAUCGAUUGAUUGUAUGAUUUAUAUAAGUAUAUAUAGAAAUGUAAUUAGAAUAGAUGAGAUAAU